CACCUAUAAGUAAAUUCAUUUCACAUUCAUACAGUAAGAGCAAGCCCAGCAAUUAAGCGAAUACUUACCAACCAAAACAGAAGAAAAAGAAAAAAGAAACCCAGAAGAUCUGAAAAAAUGAGUCUGAGCAAGAUGCAUGUUUCUAUGUUUGGUUUGGUGUUGGUGGUAGUAAUGAUGAGUGGCAUGAUGGGUUUGAGUGAGGCAGCAUCAAGCAGCAGUGACAACUCUUGUGCUUCUCAACUGAUUCCAUGUGUCGAUUACCUGAACUCAACGAAGCCACCAAGUUCUUGCUGCACGCCACUCAAACAAACCGUUGCGACGCAACUAACCUGCCUCUGCAACCUUUUCAAUACUCCCGGUUUGCUUGAGAGUUUCCACAUCAACGUCACUCAGGCUCUUGAACUUAGUCGUAACUGCGGUAUCACCCAAGGCAUCAGCAGCUGCAAAGAAUCAGCUCCAUCUCCAUCUUCAUCUUCAACGACAACUCCACCAGCUACACCCGGAAGUGACAAAGGAAGUGCAGCAAGAGUUGCAGUAACUGGAUUUUCUUUCUUGGCCUUGUUUUGGGCAUCUAUGUUGUUUAACUAGAGAAGGAAAGGGGGUUACCCUUGGAAAACCGCCACUAUAUAUUCGAUUUAAUAUCUAUGUAUUUUCCUAUGUUGGCUAGUCAGCUAUUCAAUUGCGAUCGGGUUCUUUUUUUUUUUUUAAUUAAUUUGGAAACCCCUGAUUCAAUUUGAGUACAUUUGUUUAGGGAGCGAGGCAGAGAAAAAUUCAGUUCAUAGACCUAUUUGUGCUUCUUCUGAUUGCAUCAUAGUUAUUAAUGAUUUAUGAAUGGUAUUAUUAUCA